AUUGACCGCUCCAUAUUUUUUUCCUCUGUGCUGAAUUUUCCUCCUGCUGGAGAAAGGAGAUAAAAACAACAUUGACUGGGGGGAAACUGAGAGGAAGAAUAAGGCACAACGGAGAAAUAAAGGAGGUGGAGGGAAAAGUGAAAUAACAGGAGAAUAUCCGGAAGAUUGGAGGAACAGGUUUUGGAGAAAGAGCAAGAAGAAGACGCAGCGCAAGUGGAGAACGAGACUUGCAAUAUACAUCUUUUUUUAGAAGUCCUUGCUUUUGUGUGCAGAUUUUUGUGAUUCUUCUUUGAAGACUGAAAGGAGGCGACACCAUGACGACAGAAAUGCAGGAGAUCGCCAUCACGGAGGAGAAGCCUUUACUCACGGGUCAGGCUGAGGCAAAGGAUGUCGAACUGGCCGCCAGGAUACUCCUGGACCAAGGACAGGAGCACACUAUCGAGACCCCUCAAGGUGUCCUGCACGUGACCCUGCACGGCACACGGACCACCCGCAGGCCUGCCAUCCUCACCUUCCAUGACGUGGGUCUGAACAGUAAGAGCUGCUUCUCUCCUCUGUUUAAGUUCGAGGAGAUGCAGGAGAUCGUGAAGAACUUCACCCUGAUCCACGUGGAUGCUCCGGGGCAGGAGGAGGGGGCCGCCGCCUACCCUGUAGGUUACCAGUACCCCUCCAUGGACACUGUAGCAGAGAUGAUUCCUGCUGUCCUGCAGUUUUUCAACUUCCGUACUGUAAUCGGAGUCGGUGUGGGAGCUGGAGCGUACAUCCUCUCCAAGUUUGCGCUUGCAAACCCAGAUUCAGUGGAGGGUCUGGUUCUGGUCAACAUUGACACUAACGCCCGAGGAUGGAUAGACUGGGCCGCUCAGAAGCUCAGCUCCGUGACUUCCUCCCUUACAGAGCAGAUCCUCUCCCAUCUUUUCAGUCAGGAGGAGCUGUCAUCAAACACAGAUCUAGUGCAGUCUCACAGAGACCGCAUCUCCAAAGCCUCUAACCUGAUCAACAUAGAGCUCCUUUGGAAGACUUACAACAGUCGCAGAGACCUGAACAUCGAGCGCAACAGCACCUUCAAGUGUCCCGUGAUGUUGGUGGUGGGAGAUCAGGCUCCGUAUGAGGAUGCUGCUGUGGAGUGCAACAGCAAAAUGGACCCAACAACAACCUCAUUCCUAAAGAUGGCUGAUGCUGGUGGUCUCCCUCAGCUGACCCAGCCGGCAAAACUGACCGAGGCUUUCAAGUACUUCAUCCAGGGAAUGGGCUACAUGGCUUCAUCUUGCAUGACCCGCCUGUCUCGCUCCCGCACUACCUCCCUCUCCUCCUCCUACUCCAUGGAUGGCUCCCGCUCUCGCUCCCGCACCCUGUCCCAGGGCUCACAGGGCGGCCAGAUGCCGCCUAGCCCCUCCCAAACAAUGGAGGUGUCCUGCUGAAGCAAAAAAACAACAUAAUAAAGAGAAAGAGAGAGAGCGAGUACGAGUGAGAUAGAGAAGAGGGCGGAAGGCGGAAGGAAGGGAAAGAUGAAGCAUGAGAGUAAUGCAGGAACAAGACGAAUGGGUUACUUAUUUGUCACUAAACAACUCCCAUCAUUCCCCUUAAGAGCAGAAUAGGAAAACAGACGAGAAGAGGGAGGGAGAAAGAGAAAGUGAAGUAUUUCAGAGAAAUAUUUUGCACCACAUACAAGCCCACUCCUUUUCCUCACAUCCCCCCUUCCGGCUGUUAAAGUGGAUUGGGCUGUUCCAUAACAAAGAAACGAAGUAUGAGCUUGAAGAGAUUAAUUAAAAAGGGGGAUGUGGGGAAAGAAUGGCAACCACCCUUGUCUCCCUCCCUCUUAUGGAUCCUCAGUCAGCCAAUAGCGCCCUUUAAUUUAGAUACGGAGGCCUAUAGAAGACCACACACCUUGCGUUAACCGAUAGUAAUAAUCCUAAAGAUGAUAAUGUUCUUGAUGCUGAUGAUAAUGUUCUUGAUGCUGAUAUUGAAGCUAAUGAUGAUGAUGAUAAUGUAAUAGAAAAAAAAACAGUAACACUUUUCUCUUUAUUAAGCAAUGACAUAGAUAAAAAAAAAACAUACUAUAGCGGAUAUAACAAUGUGUGUCUACUACUUUUUAAGCUAGUUUUUACUGUGUAAUUUUUGCUUUUCUUUUAAUCGGAUUUUAUUUUCUUAACUGUAACCUGCCUCCGCAAAGGGGCUGAAGCGACUGGUUGGUUGACCUGUUGUGUGGCAACAGCCAAUGAGAGCCAUUAUAGUGACUACUUCCUCCUUGAUGUUGCCAGGUUGUUUAUGUCUUCCAUUCGCCCCCCCGUCUACAAGUGACCGUUUUCGUUUUCCCCAUUUGUAAGAGGAAUCGGGCAGGAAGUUGUUUGUUUGUUUGUUUAUGUUUGGACUGUUUGGAAAAACUGCAUGCCUGUAUCAGCCCAUGUGAAUAUCGACUGGAUACUUUCUUUUUUUAUUCUGGAUGUGGGUGUGUGUGUGUGUGCUGCUUUGUUAGCUUUAAGUGUUUAGCUAACGUGGGAGGACUGAAGGAAAGCCUAUGUGAGACUGAGGGUGUUUGCUAGCACCCUAUGGUUAGCAGUAGUCACAGUCUGAAAAUAGUGCUUCCAAUAUUGCCGACAUUCUCGCACUGCGUAACCUGAUAUCCACGUAGGCGUACUACUACACAGGGAGCAUUACAUCACCGAAGUAGCAUGCUAGCAUGGAUAUUACAUUUCAGCGUUAUAGGCGUGGCCAAAAGAGAUCACUGUGUUUAUCAUCUGGGUUGUAAACUCUCAGCCUCGCCAGCGCGCAGAUACCUCCUAACAAAAACCCAGCUAGCAUACUUGAGUGAGGUAAAAUGAAUGCUCGCUCCUCUCUAGCAACAAGUGGCUUUAAUUCAAGCACCAGGGUCGAUGAGAGUGUUGAGUAUGUGCGAUGUGUGUGUCUGAGGAUGGUGAAUUUGAGGCGUAUGGAGGCGUUUGUAUCCUGUAAGCACAAUUAUUAAUGCAGCAAAAAGGUCCAGGGUCCCAUUGAAAAGUUAACUUCCUGAUCAGUCAUGAGACCAAUGAAACCCCCUGUGACUUAUUCAUGACAAUGUACCAGCCCCUUCACUGCCGAAGCAUUCAGAGGAUAGGGUCUACAAAUGUUACAGGGCUGCACCUCUUGAUACAGCCAUGAGAGGCUAAAGCUAAUAUUUGCAGCUUGAAACAAACCAAAUUGGAGUUGCAGCCAAUGAAUAUUCUUACUGCCAAAUUUCAGAGCCUUGGUGAAAAUAUGAUAUGGGGUGUUUUCUAUUUAAAUCUUGCCGUUAGUCGUUUUGUGACCCGAAAUUGCACAAUUUUGCAUUUUUUCAAAGUGUCUCACUGAAUCUUAAUUUCUUAUCCAACAUUUUAAAAAGCAGAAAACCACAAAGCUUACCACUGCCCUACAUCACGUAGCCAUUUGAAUGACCGUUCUUUUAAUAAAAGGACCCUUAUUUGGACCCAAAGUGAUAUCCUCAGAGUGCAUGUGUGUUUGUAAGCGUGCCACCUGUUUCUGACUUCUUUUUUUUUUAAUUCUUUGAUAAGCAGUAUCAUGUUUUUUUUUUAGUUUGAGGGUUGCCUGUUUGUUUCAUAUGCCGUCUAGUGCUCCUCUCCCAAACUCUGUGGGUGGAGAGGCUCAGAUUGGAGCUUUGAAUAAACUGGUACUCUGGAAGUGUUAAUGAUGACAACAGUGAUCUGUACAAAAUGGGAUGUAAAAACCAAGAUACUGCCAUUUUUCCCGGAGAGUUGAAGUGAGGAAUGUAAAUAUGUGGCUAUAAACCAGACUUCAUUUUAACUCCAACAACAGAUCAUGGCGACAUCUACCAAAUAAGGAAUAAUGGGUGGAGCCUAGAAAAUAAAAAUUGCCAAAUAAGGAAAAAGGAGAGGUACUACUUCAUGGAGAGUUAAGCAAGGCUGUGUGAUUGUAAAUGCUUGUCCAAUUUGUCUUCUGUUUGUCUCUUUAUUUUGACUUUAUCCAUAUUUUUCUCUUUCCCUUCAUUGUUUUUUGGAAUUUAAUUUUUUUAUUGUUUUACCUCUGUGAAGUGUUAGUUUUACCGUCCCAAUGUGCUCACAAGUUAGUUAACCGUGUGAUAGUUCUUGUGUAACUUUUCUAGCAUUAGAGCUAAUAAGGGAGAAUAAUAUAAUUAAUAACAAUUAAAAAAAAAUACAAAAUAAAAAAGGUAAAGAGAAUACAAUCAAAUUUACAUGUGUGGCUAAUUUCUGUGUAAAAAAAAAUGAACAUCCUAAAAAAAAGCAACCUUAAAUAUUAAUAAAAGCUUAUGAGAAAUA